GCGGAGCGACCCAGCCAGUUGAGUCCAGCCUGUAGUUAAUGCACUACACGGACUCGAGCGCCUCUCUUCGGGAGCGGACCCAGACUCGGAACCCCAUACGCUGGGACAGUCCGCCCGCCGACCACCCCCGCCACGCGCGGGCCACGACUCCCCCCGCAGGACCCGCCCACCGGUGCGGGGACGCCCGAGCGGCACCAUCCCGAAGCCGAUGCCCACCCGGGAGGCCCCGCAGAGCCGCGGCUCCCGGGGGAACUUGCAAACCCGCCCGCCUGGCCCUGGUCCCCCGCGACUGGUGCCUGGAGGCCUCGAACCCAGCGCGGCCCGCCCUCUGUGCCAGCCUCAGCCCGGAGCACACGGGACAAGGCCCAAGAAGAUUGUAUUUGAGGAUGAGCUGCCCUCCCGGACCCUCCUGGGCUCCAAGAAGUCUAUUAGAGCCAUCCCCGGGGGACAUGUGCCUAGGCCCCACCCCGUGCCUGACUAUGAGCUUAAGUACCCACCAGUGAGCAACGAGAAGGAUCGGAGCCGCUAUGCUGCAGUGUUCCAGGACCAGUACCCAGAGUUCUUGGAGCUCCAGCAGGAGGUGGGCUCUGCACAGGCCAAGCUCCAGCAGCUGGAGGCCCUGCUGAACUCACUGCCCCCACCCCGAAGCCAGAAGGAGGCCCAUGUUGCUGCCCGUGUCUGGAGGGAAUUUGAGAAGAAGCAGUUGGACCCCAGCUUCCUGGACAAGCAGGCUCGCUGCCACUACCUGAAGGGCAAACUAAGGCACCUCAAGACGCAGAUCCAGAAAUUCGAUGACCAGGGAGACAGCGAGGGCUCUGUGUACUUCUGAGUGUCCUGGCAAACAGGCAGAGGGAAACAUUGGAGUCGGGGUGCCACCCUGCCCUUGCUUCUCUUCCUACCUCCUGGCCUGAGCUCUUGCUAUUGCCCCGCCUGGGGUAGCCGUCCCUGAUUUCAGAUGCCUUCGCCCUUGAGGCUGAGAUCUGAUGGUCCUUCCUCCAGGAAGGCUUCCCAGGACCUCCUCCAGGACCGCCAUGGAGAUCCCAGAUCUCAGCCCAUCCCCUGGAAGAGGUCCUGCUCUUCAUCCCAGUGGAAUAAACACUUAUUAAAUACCGACUGUGUACAGCUGC